AAAAAAUCGAUGUUGUCGUUUGUCACAGUUCGAUUUCUGUGGAGUUUCAAAAACCGAGGCUUGAAUAUUUAAUAAAAAAAAUGAUUGAUAUUUUUGACAGCUAAACAAGCCACAGACAGCAUUAACUAUCUAACUUGGAAACACAACUAGCUAUGGAUGACGAAUUCCAAGAAGACGCCGCCGAGCACCCGUACGACUCUAGUUACCCCAUCACGUCGAGACUCACCCCAAACAACAUCCCAGAAAAGGAUACGUUUCUUGAACAGCGAUCACCAACCCAGCCCGAACCGAACGCUGAACACUGGCAACAAUGGAGACACGCGUCCCCAAACACUCCCCUAGACGGUGACCUUGACCCGCGUUCAGGCGCAGACGACAGCGGCCUCCCUCUGUACCAGAGUCCAGGUCCAAACACCGCAACACGACAGGAGUUCGAAAGCACCGAUGACCAGGCCGAACUUCGCGACCUCGCUGAUCUAUCCGAGCUGCUCAAGUCUGACGCUGGUGUAGACGGACCCGAACUUCAGCCCUCGGUUCCGGAAGAAGCUUCCCAUACCAAGGAGAGGCCGGCUUCCGGUUUUUUGGUUACCAUGGAAACGCCAACGGCGUUGUGUAAAUACCGGUGGUCACAGCCCAGGAGCUCCCCGGGUCGUGACGUCAGAUUUUACCCGUCCUACGCCAUGAGUGAGCCAAUAGUGUUAACUUUGGAUGAAAACGCAAACGCGUUUUUCUCCGAAAACAUUAGGUUGAACUGUGGAGAUUACCAUGGCAACAUAACCGUUGACGGGAAAUCUUUUCCCGUUGAGGAAUUUUCUGUGCGGAGCUACACUUUUGAAAUAGAUCUUUUUAUGAAAGAAGAUGUUGAAGAUGAGCUGAUCAGCAAACAACCAAGCUCACCUCAGAGUCAGAGUCUGGCUAAAACCCCGGAACCACAUGAUUCCAAAAGACCUUCAACAUUUGAGGAACUUGUCAGACAUCAAUUAACCGAUAAAUUUAACGACACAGAAAACAAACCUUUAAGACAGUCCUCACCGAUGACCUCAAAAACAGAUUCUUCCAUUGUUUCUGAUAACGCAAUAGUUUUUGGAGAAAGCACAAAAGUGAUGGAUGGUGAAAGCGUGUUAGAAAAAUACACACACAGCAGAGCAAGUAGCGCAACACAAGACAUUUAUGAAAGACCUUCUUCACGUGUGUCUGUAGGGGCUGAAGUUGUUGACGAUGUGAUACCUAGGCCCCCUUCGCGUUCUCUGUCCCAAAGUAGUGGGGAUAUUUCACAAGCGGGUAAAGGUGGAUCUUCCCCAGGGGGGCUACCUGUGACAGAGAAUGUGGAUACUGUAAGAAGAUCCAGGGCUUCAUCAUUUGGUGCAGGUUCACUGCCUAACUCAACAAGAUCAACACCAACCCAAGAUCUCAGUAAUGAACCAACUCAGCCUAGAAACAUUGACAGAUUUUCUCCAACGGUCAGUCUGAAAUAUGACGAUGUAUCUGCCACCCCUAAAAGAACCACACCAGUCAUAGGAUCCAGACCACCUGAUAGUCCUUUAUCACAACAAGGUCGCAUGACCCCAACAAGGAAUUCCUCUCCUGUAGUAACAGCCUCACCAAGGAAUUAUUCAACACUAACCACACCUCAAAAAGAAAUACUGACUAGUCAGAUGAAUGGAACUAGAGGACUUGAGAACGGAGACAGCAGUCGACCAGGCAGUCGACCACCUAGCCACCCUAACAGUCGUAUCUCCAGCCGGAACCAGAGUGUGACUAGCUUAACAAGUGAGCAAGAGUUGGCUCAGUACAUAGAAGGAAGCUCAAGAUCUAGUAGUGUUGAAAGACAUCUAAACCAUGGGGUAUCUUCCCAUCCGGAUGAGUCCAUCAUGGAUCCUGCCAUUAUGAGAGGUGCUGAGAGGUCGUCAAGUGUUCCUGGGUAUCACCCUCCACAGCAGUUCUAUACAGAAAACAGAAGCAUAACACCAGAUAACAGAGUACGUGUCCCACCACCAGCUGACGUACAUUCCUAUAGAACUGCUCUUGUCACUGAGAGAAUGGAAGACGUCUUAGGUCGAGGCUCUGUUACCUCAAGUAUCUCCACAGUCUCUAGAGGCAGCAGUCGAAGUGCUACACCAGUGAAUGCAGAUGCGGUUUCCAGACAGUCAAAUACUGACAGACUCCAAGAACUGGAGGCUUCGGUCACCAAUUUAAGGAAACUUCUGACCAAUCGGGAGACAGAAGUCCAUUCACUCAUGUCCCAGAUGGCUGAUCUGAAGGACAUCAACAGGUCACUGAAGGAGGAACUAGAGCACAGGGUACAGAGAUACACACCUGUGUCCAGCCUUCAUGACUCUGCUGAGUUUAAGCACCUACAAGCAGAGAAGGAAAUUUUGGCCAAAGAGGUUGUAACUCUAAGAGAGAAGUUACAGCACUUGUCCAAAGGUCAUGACCUGACCAAUGGCUUCACCAGCUCAGGGAUUACAGACUACAGCCCAAACAACCCACUGGUUUUACAAAGAAAGAUUGUGGACCUGGAGGCACAGAUCAGAGACAUGCAUGAAGUAACAGAGUCCACCACUGGGAACUUGUCACGAGCAGAGGAGAAAAUUAAACUUUUGCAGGAGGAAAAUAGAGAGCUCAAAUCAAGGGCAAUAACUUAUGGAGAUUUUCAGCGUGAAGCUGACCAGCAUGCUCUGAAGGUUGAGCUGAGGACACUUAGAGAAGACAUCCGCAACCUUAAAGAGAGGAACUACCAGCUGACUGAGGAGAACAUGAGACUGCUGGAGGGGCGUGGCACCAGGGUUAAGGCACCGGAACCUGAGACACGAGACGAGAGAAGACUGAGUAACAGUAUCAAAUCAGACGAAGGCACCUCCCGCCAUUCUGUUAGCUCAGAUUACAAGAGAGACUACAUCAUCCCACCAUCCAGCUACAAACCCGCCGAGAAAGUCUCAUAUCAGAAAAAUAUUGAGGACCUCAUGACCAGAGACCCCCUCCCCUCCCACCACCUCAGCUCUGAACCAGACCAUAGGAUGGGAGAAACCAGGAACAAACUCCUCCAACAACGGAACACUCUGGAAUCUUCUCGAAUUAGAAGCUAUUCUAGUGAACGCUCUUCUCUUGCUAGUGAAUCAGGUGACUACCAUAGGCCGAACUUGUCCCAUGUCGACAGGUCCAAACCGGAUGGGGCAGUUUCGGAAAAAGUUUAUUCUGAUAAGUACUCGAAGGUGUCCACGUAUGACAGGAAACCUGAAGAAUCAAGAGACAAGGCUACGUUUGACAAAGGGGUGUCGUCUUAUCUAGAUAAACAUUAUGCAGCUCUAAAGAGCAGGGAUUCAGUUGAUCUGAAGCCGAGGGAGGAGUUUGUUCACAGACCAAGGGAAGAUAACUACAAACUUACAAGUGAAGAUUUGAGGGAACUGGAGACAAGGGCUGGCACUGGCAGGCAGCAACCUACAUCAGCCAUCAGUUCAAAAGACAUUUUCCUCAGCUUGCAACAACGAACAAAAAAAUGGUUGAAAGAAGUUGCUUUUGAUCAGCCUGAUUCAGAUACCACCUGCUAUGACAGUGAUUCUACUGAGGUACUGGUCAGCCAUAAAGAUGACCCUAUAGGAAACUCUGCUUACAAAAGUGACCGCCCAGCAAAUAGUAAAACAGUAAAGCAGAACUCUACCACGCCCACCCCAUUUUCCACUGAUAAUAAUUACAUCAGUGGUAACUUAGACUUUAGCAAGUACAAAUCACCAUCAGGACAUCGCAAUGAUGAUGGUGGGGAUGAUAGUGACACAGCCACUGAUAUUUUACUGGCACAGGACACUUCUCUCAGAGGCUCAAAUCACAGAAGAACUUCUGUGGGAUCGGAUGGCUCAACAACACUGAGUGAAGCUGAAGACGACAGCGUGUUGAGGCGGAGAUCUAAAUCUGUUGAUACCAAACGAUAUAAAGACACAUCAAAAGGGAGACAGAUGUCAACCCUGCCCCGCAAUGGUUUGAGUGCAAGAUCAGUUACUUCCCUUGAUACUGCUGGAUUCAGGAGUGUUCUCCCCACUCCUCAGGUCACACAGCACAACAAAGGGGAGCUAACUGGCAAGAAUGUCACAUCUUUGCUAAACAAUUCACUGACUCAAGGUUUGAGGCCAUUUGCUCCCAGGAAUAUAGCAGACAUCAGGAUAGACGAUGUGGUCAAGUUCUCACGUGUGGGGGGCAAGCUGACCCAGGGCACUGUUAAGUAUGUCGGGCAUCUACCUGGCAGAAGUGAGGCGUACCUUGGUGUGGAGUUGGAUAGAGAUGAGGGUAGACACGAUGGAACUUUUGAAGGCAUUCGGUAUUUUAAAUGUAAACCAAACAAAGGAGUUUUUGUGGCCUUUAACAAAGUUGUGAUGGCAUGGGCACCAUAAGAAAAUAAACAUUCAAGACAAAGACACUGUACUAAAGAAGUUGUUCACAGUAGACCAGAUUAAAGCUUGCAAGACCAGUAUUAUAGUAUCCAAAAAGCUAUUUAUUUAAUCUGUAUUUUUCUAAAGUUGCAUGUAUAGGUUGUUUCUUGUAUUUCUUAAUCCAGUUUUUAUACAUUAACUUUUUCACUUUUUAUUGAUGUUUCUACCAAUGUCUACUUUUUAUUUUUCUGAAGUAAGUUUCACUGUGUAAUGUAAGAAUCUAUAUAUAUAAUUCUCUUCUGGGGGACGCUAGAAAACAAGCUGUAAGCGCGCUCCCUACCGCCCCCACCCCUACAUGGUCUGGUGAGCUGUAGUUCACGCUAAAUGAAAAUUUUUAAAUGUUUACAAGCAGAGCCGGGUUUAGUGACGACUAUUAGGGGCAGAUAAUUU